AUGACUGAGUCUACUAACGAACACAUAGGAGGGCUCAAACAAAAGAAAGUUUUUAAAAUAAUAGUUUUAGGAGAUUCAGGUGUAGGUAAGACGUGUUUAACAUACCGCUUCUGCGAGGGUCAAUUCCUCGAUAAAUCUGAAGCUACGAUCGGUGUAGACUUUAGAGAAAGAACUGUUCGGAUAUGCAAUGAAGAUAUAAAGCUCCAACUGUGGGACACUGCUGGCCAAGAGAGAUUCAGAAAAUCAAUGGUGCAACACUACUAUAGAAAUGUUCACGCAGUUGUGAUAGUGUAUGAUGUCACUAAACCAGAAACAUUCCAUUCGAUAGCAAGCUGGAUGCAAGAGGUGGAGUCCCACGGGCUAUCCGGGUCGCCUCGCGUGCUGGUGGGCAACAAAUGCGACUGCGGCACUCCCGAGUCGCGUCUCGCAACCGCGUAUGCGCAGCGGUUGGCGGACAAACACGGCAUGCCGUUGUUUGAGACAUCUGCUCUCUUGGACUCUGAAUAUGAUAACGUGGAAUCCAUAUUUAUGACGUUAGCGCACAAACUGUAUUCCAAACAGCCGUUGAGAGUCAUCAGUGUUGAGGGAGAGCCAGGAUAUGGAGUAGUGACGUUACCACGUCAGAGACGACCACCAAAAAGCUCCGGGACUGACAAGUGCCUGUGCAGCUAG